UUCUUUUUUAAGACCUUUGAACUUUAAACUUUGAUUGGCCAAUCUAGGCUUUUUCUUCUUGAGCCUUGACCCAUUUCUUUCUCUCUCCUCCUCAUAAUCCAUUAUUUAUUUUCCCUUUUUAUUUUCCCACUUCCAUCCUAAAAAAAAACAACAAAUCAAAAAUUCUUCGGAGUAAAAAGAAUUUUUUUUUAAAAAAAUAUAUUUAAAACAAAUGUGUAUGAUAAUAACCACUACUACACAUCUUCCGGAGAAAUGCCAACGGCUCUUCUUCUCAUGAUAACUCCCUCUCUCUCCUCCCUAUCCCAUCUUCAUUUCACCACCACCACCUUCUGCGACGGCGCGUGACCCUCAACCGCCACUCUGGAUGGGCCAAUCACCAUCCGUUCCAACUAACUCACCCGAGUUGACUCGCCAUCCUUCUCGUUCCUUCUCCUUUACAACUCGCUUCACCUCUUCUUCCCGUAAAAAAUCAACAACACCCAUGUCAAAAACCACCACCUCUCACCCACCUUCUCCGCCGCAUCCUCCGCCACCUCCUCCGGUAACCCACGUCCCAGUUGUCAAAUCCGAAGAUGGGCCUAAUCUUGGGCCUGGGCCUGGCCCCAUCUUCCCUGACCCAACAUCAGAAAUCCCCGACGAAUGUCUGGCCCACAUCUUCCUCUCUCUGUCCUCCGGUGACCGUAAACGGUGCUCCCUUGUCUGUAAACGGUGGUUCCUCGUUGAAGGUCAAAGUCGUUGCCGUCUUUCUCUCAACGCUAACAAGGAUAUCUCGGCUCACUUGCCGUCGCUUUUCUCCCGAUUUGACUCGGUUACGAAGCUCGCUCUUCGAUGCGACCGUCGAUCCAUCAGUAUUAGCGACGACGCCCUUGUGCUAAUCUCUCUCCGGUGCCGGAACUUGACCCGCCUGAAACUCCGGGGUUGCCGCGAGCUCACCGACCUCGGAAUCGCUGCUUUUGCGCAGAACUGUAAGUCCCUUAAAAAGCUCUCUUGUGGGUCCUGCGUUUUUGGUGCUAAAGGGUUAAACGCUGUUCUUGAGCACUGCGUUUUGCUGGAAGAGAUUUCGAUUAAGCGGCUUCGUGGGAUUAACAACGAUGGUGAUUCAGAGGCUGCCGCCGAGCCCAUCGGGCCGGGCCUGGCGGCGAAGUCUUUGAAGAGUAUUUGUCUGAAGGAGCUUUAUAAUGGGCAGUUGUUUGGGCCUUUGAUUGUUGGGUCUAAAAAUCUCAAGACUUUGAAAUUGAUUCGGUGUUUGGGGGAAUGGGAUAGGGUUUUGGAAAUGAUGGCUACUGAUAAAUCUAAUUACAAUUACAAUUAUAGUAAUAAUAGUAGUGAUAAUAGUAAUUUUAAUGGGUUAGUUGAAAUUCAUCUUGAGAGGAUACAGGUUACUGAUUUUGGGCUAUCUGCUCUGUCUAAUUGUGCUAGUUUGGAGAUUCUGCAUCUUGUUAAGACACCUGAGUGUACUAAUAUAGGGAUUAUAUCGGUGGCGGAGCGGUGUAAGUUGCUGAGGAAGGUUCACAUUGAUGGGUGGAGGACUAACAAGAUUGGUGAUGAGGGUUUGAUUGUGUUAGGGAAGAAUUGUGUUAAUUUGCAAGAACUGGUGUUGAUUGGCAUUAAUCCCACGAACACGAGUUUGGAGGUGAUUGCUUCUAAUUGUCGGAAUUUGGAGAGGUUGGCGCUUUGUAGUAGUGAGACUAUUGGCGAUGCGGAGAUGGUGUGCAUUGCUACAAAAUGCUCGGCAUUGAAGAAGUUUUGCAUCAAGAGUUGCCCCAUUUCGGAUAAUGGGUUGGAGGCAUUGGCUUGGGGGUGCCCCAACUUGGUGAAGAUUAAGGUUAAGAAGUGUAGGGAUGUGACUCGAGAUGUUGUUGAGUGGUUAAGGGAGAAAAGGGAGGCAUUGAUUGUUAAUUUGGAUGCUGAUGAGAUCGAGGCUGUUGAUGCUAGUGCAAGUGAAGCGGGAGGAGCUCAGGAAGAUGGCGCCGAUUUUCCAGCAGUGGACACAGAUGUAACAUCUGUUCAGGCUCCUCCUAGGAGCAAUGGCCGCGGGUCUUUGUUCAGGACGAAGUUAAGCUUCUUGUUUGGUAGAAAUAUAGCAGCCUGUGCUUUGAGAAGGUGGUCAACUGGUAGCAGUAAUACCAAUGGUAAUCAAUGAACAAUUCAAGCAGCAAAGCAAUUCACAGAAAGGAAGUUUAAUUAUUUCAUUUCAUCCUUUUUUAUGGUAUUUAUAUAUGAUACAUUACAUGCUUUCUGCUUGUUUAUUUAUCUAUCUGUAGUUUCAAGAAGUUGUUCAUUCCAGUUGAAUGUUGUGAAUGUGCAGAAUUCGAAAUUGCUACAUUUAUUUAGGAGAUGUGUUUUCGAUAUUUACUUUAGAUAUAUGUUCACAUUGUUCAGUCUUACUUAUGUACUACUUUGGCCUCAUCGGCUGCCAUUUAUAUUUGCUAAAGUGCUAAGGUGCAUUUGGCACUGUCAUCUGAUUAAAA